UUUUUUUUUUUAAUUGGCACAGUUUCAAGGUUGUGACAUUGAAGGAGCUUCUUAAAAAGGUGUUCAGCUGCAGCUCAGGGCCUCUCUCUACAAAAGCCACUUCUGCUGAGGAUCUCUUGGACUCAAAAAUGGAUUGUGUUCUUCUGUGUCUUUAUGUGUGUUUUUUCAUGGUACUGAGUAUUUUAGCUUUUAAGAUAAGAUUACAAAAGUCAAAGGAAGAGCUCCCUUGCCUGCCAACACUCCCUUUCAUUGGUAGUCUGCUUAGCCUACGAAGUGUACAUCCGCCUCAUGUACUUUUCAAGAAACUACAGGAGAAAUAUGGUCAGACAUAUUCGCUGAUGAUGGGGUCUCACAGAGUCAUUAUUGUCAACCAAUACUCACAUGCCAAAGAAGUACUGCUGAAGAAGGGCAAGAUAUUUGCAGGCAGACCAAGAACCGUAACCACAGAUGUGCUCACCAGAGAAGGGAAAGACAUUGCUUUUGGAGAUUACAGUGCUACCUGGAAGUUCCACAGGAAACUCGUCCAUGAAGCUCUCCACAUGUUUGGACAAGGAUCUGCCUCAAUUGAGAAGAUUAUCUGCUCACAGGCCCAGUGUCUCUGCUCCAUCAUGUCAGAAAAAUCUGCUGCUGAGGAGUCUGUGGACUUUUCUCCCGAUCUGACGCGGGUUGUCACCAACGUCAUUUGUUCACUCUGUUUCAACUCUACAUACUCCAUAGGAGACCCUGAGUUUGAGGCCAUACUUCUUUAUAGCCAGGGGAUCCUGGAUACUGUUGCCAAAGACAGCCUGGUGGAUAUUUUCCCAUGGUUACAGGUUUUUCCAAAUGCAGACCUUCAUCUACUGAAACAAUGUGUUUCAAUCCGAGACACAGUUUUACAAAAGAAAUAUGAGGAGCACAAGGCAGUUUACAGCGACAAUUUGAAGAGAGACUUGAUUGAUGUUCUACUCAGUGCAAAGCGGAGUGCUGAGAACAACAACACAGUAGAGUUCAGUACCGAGGAUUUGGGCCUGAGUGAUGACUACAUCCUUAUGACUGUGGGGGAUAUAUUCGGAGCCGGAAUGGAAACCACCAUCACAGUCCUCAAAUGGGCAAUUAUCUACCUUAUCCAUCACCCCGAGGUGCAGAAACGUAUCCAGGAGGAGAUAGACAGCCGGUUAGGGGGAGAGCAGACCCCCCUGCUCAAAGACCGAGGCAGUCUGCCUUACCUUGAGGCCACCAUCAGGGAGGUGUUACGGAUCCGCCCAGUUUCCCCUCUUCUCAUCCCUCAUGUGGCCCUAAAGGAUACAAGCCUUGGAAAUUGCAAAGUGCGAAAAGGGACCAGAGUCAUUGUCAACCUGUGGUCUCUGCACCAUGAUGAGAAAGAAUGGAAAAACCCUGACCUCUUUGACCCUGGUCGAUUUUUGAAUAGUGAAGGCACAGGUCUGAUCAACCCAUCAUCCAGCUACCUACCGUUUGGUGCUGGGGUCAGGGUCUGUCUUGGCGAGGCCUUAGCCAAGAUGGAACUUUUUAUCUUCCUGUCCUGGAUUCUGCAGCGUUUCACAUUCUCGACCCCACCAGGUCAACCUCCUCCCGAUUUGGAGGGAAAGUUUGGUGUGGUCCUUCAACCAGUCAAAUACAAGGUCGAGCUCAGUGAGGUUGGAUGGAGAGCGUUUGUGAACAGCAGUCUUCAGCUCUGGCCACAAAUUCUCAAUUGGAUUCAGCACUGUGGCUCCGCCUGCAAUUGUUGUAUUUGGUUAUGGACUGACUGGGUGUCUGGGGCCUGGACUGCUGCUUUCUGAGGUAUCCUUGGCGCUCUUUCAUUGGUCUCCUUUGGUCCGCCGGAUGUUGGCCCGACUCCUCCCCUGCAGAAUCGCGUGCUGGCUCCUCCUGGUGGUUUCCUGACAGUAGUUUUUCCACCAACUGCCUCUGAGUCCUCUCGUCUCCGCACCCUCCUUGCAGUUAGCACAGUCUGUUCUAAAACAUUCCCUUCUUGCACCACAUACUCUGUUUCGUUCCACCAGUCACACACUCAGCACUUUACAGUCUCACACUUUCAUACACAGGACGCAGCAACAUCUAAUGAACUACUUAAAGCUCAAACUUUUAUAUUCCUUUAAUACACCAGGUAAACUGGGCUGUUUCUACAAUACCUGAAAAAUAUUCCUUUAUUAUUCGUUUCUCACAUCUGGUGUCUAGUUUCCUUUGGUCAUGUUUUUAUGCAUAGCAUUUUGACCCAAACACCCACAUUCUGGAGAGGUCUGGACUGCAUCAGUGAUCAGCUCUGAGCCCCUUCCUCUCUGCUGUGGUAAUGACUAUGCUGAGAGAUGAGGUUAGACUGGAACCCCCUUGGACCAUGAUGUUUGCAGAUGAUAUACAGUCAAAGCAGAUGGAGGAAAAAUUAGAAAGAUGGAGGCAUGCACUGGAAAGGAGAGGAAUGAGGAUUAGCCGAAGUAAAACUGAAUAUAUGUGUGUGAAUGAGAGGGGUGGAGGCGGAAGUGUGAGGCUACAGGGAGAAGAGAAAGCGAGGGUGAACGACUUUAAAUAGUUGGGGUCAACAAUCCAGAGCAAUGAUGAGUAUAGUAAGUAAGAAGUGAAGAAACUGGUCCAAGCACGUUGGAACAGCUGGCGAAAGUCUCCCCUUGCUGAAAAUUUUCUAUAUAACAUUUCGAAAGAAUUUCUAUAAAAAACAUCAUACAGUGAAGAAAAUGAAUAUAUGAACACAGUGCUAUAUUGCAAGGUCUCCCAAUUAGAAAUCAUGGAGGGGUCGGAAAUUUUCAUUGUAGGUGCAUGUCCAUUGUGAGAUAGAUAAUCCAAAAGGAAAAAUCCAGAAAUCACAAUUUAUGAUUUUUUUAACGUUUUAUUUGUGUGAUACAGCUGCAAAUACGUAUUUGAAUACCUGAGAAAAACAAUGUUAAUAUUUGGUACAGUAGCUUUUGUUUGCAAUUACAAAGGUCAAACAUUUCCUGUAGUUGUUCUCAGGUUUGCACGCACUGCAGGAGGGAUUUUUGCCCACUCCUCCACACAGAUCUUCUCUAUAUCAGACGGGUUUCUGGGCUGUCGCUGAGAAACACUGAGUUCCAAAAAUCCCUCCAAAGAUUUUCCAUUAGGUUUAGGUCUGGAGACUGGCUAGACUAUGCCAGAAGUUUAAUAUGCUUCUUAUGGAGGCACUCCUUGGUUUUCCUGGCUGUGUGAUUCGGGUCAGUGUCAUGUUGAAAGAUCCAGCCACGACCCAUAUUCAAUGCUCUUACUGAGGGAACGAGGUUGUUCCCCAAAAUCUCACAAUACAUGGCCAUGGUCAUCCUCUCUUUAAUACAGUGGCGUCAUCCUGUCCCAUGUGCAGAAAAAAACCCCCAAAGCAUGAUGCUACCACCCCCAUGCUUCACAGUAGGGAUGGUGUUCUUGAGAUGGAACUCAUCAUUUGCCUUCCACUUAACACAGCGGAAUUCUGACCAAAAAGUUACAUUUUGGUCUCAUCUGACCACAAAAUUUUCUCCCAUGACUCCUCUGUAUGAUCAAAAUGGUCAUUGGCAAACCUUAGACGGGCCUUGACAUGUGCUUGUUUAAGCAGGGGAACCUUCCGUGCCAUGCAUGAUUUCAAACCAUGAUGUCUUUGUGAAUUACCAACUGUCACCUUGGAAACGCUGGUCCCAGCUCUUUUCAGGUCAUUGAACAAGUCCUGUCAUGUAUUCCUGGGGUGAUUCCUCACCUUUCUAAGGAUCAUUGAGACCCCACGAGGUGAUAUCUUGCAUGGGGCUCCACUCUGAUUGAGAUUGACCGUCAUGUUUAGCUCCAACAGUGGACCUUUGUUCAUCAAGCUGCUUGGCAAUUUAUCCGUAGCCCUUUUCAGCCAUGUGGAGUUGUACCAUUUUGUCUCUGGUGUCUUUGGAUAGGUCUUUGGUCUUGGCCAUGUUACAAGUUUGAGUCUUACUAAUUGUAUGGGGUGGACAGGUGUCUUUAUACAACUAACGAUCUCACACAGUUGCAUCUGAUUCAGGAUAAUACAUGGAGUGGAGGUGGACUUUUAAAGACAGACUAACGUUAAAAUAAAUCGUUAAAAAAAAUCAUACAUUGUGAUUUCUGAAUUUUUCUUCGUAGAUUAUCUCUCUCAAAGUGGACAUGCAUCUACGGUGAAAAUUUCAAACCCCUCUAUGAUUUCUAAGUGGGAGAACUUGCAAUAUAGCAGGGUGUUGAAAUACUUAUUUUCUUCACUGCAUAGAAAUGCUAUUGACCUUUAGGACCCAAGUAUAGAAAUACAAUAGAAAUAUUCUAUACCAGGGGUGGGCAAACUUUUUGGCUUGGGGGCCACAUUGACUUAAACUUUGACAGACGGGCCAGGUCAGCACAAGAUACAAUACAUAUAUAAAACUGCAUUUGUUCACAGUACAUAUCAAACAUAAACAGAAAAAAGCAUUGAAGUAUUGACAUGCAUUUUAAUGAGAACAGUGUUGUUGAUCACCCAUUUUAGCCAGUGCACUGAAGUUCGUGGUAUUUUUGAUCUGGCAAUUCUCAGAACAGAUCUGAGGUGUUCAUCACUCAUCUGGGAUCUGUGGGGUGCUUUGUUAGUCUUCAUCACACCAAAAGUCUGUCCACACAUAUGUAGAGCCAAAUAACACCAGCAUCCUCCAUGCCAUCUUCUGGAUGUUUGGAAAUUGGGCUGCACUUAAUGAAGCAUAAAACUCAUCCAGUUUCAGGGAGUUGAACUUGUCCUUUAACACCAUAUCACAUUGGAGAUCAAUCAGUUCAAAAUGCAACUCCUGUGGCACCGUUUCCAGGUCGUGUGAGAAGGGACAUGACACCAGCUAAAGUGCCCUGUCAAUUUUUCCAAAAUCACAAAAUCGACGGCAGAAUUCCUCAUGGAGGUCAUCCAGUGUUUUCCUAUAUUUUUUCAUAUGUCGCGGGGCCUCUUUUAACAUAGCCAGUGUGGAGAAAUGAGCAAAUUACUUGUCUGAUAUUUGCUUAAAAAAUAAAACCAGCUUGGUUUUGAAGGCUCUGACGUUUGCUUGCAUUUCAUGAACAAACUGGUGUUUCCCUUGUAGCUUCACAUUCAGCUCGUUCAUGUGUGUUAGAAUGUCCAAAGUAAAAGUUAAAUCACAAAGCCAAUCUGUGUUAUUCAGCUCAGGAAAAUUGUCAGUAUUCUCAAGUAGCUCAAAAAAUGAAAUAAUAUCCUGUUUGACCUCCCACACACGUUGACAUACUUUUCCCAAACUUAACUAGCGGACAUUAGAAUGGUAAAGUAAGUCCAAGUGAUCAGCAUCAGUUUCUUCAGGAAAAUGAAUAAAUUGACGAUGGUGAAGUCCCCUUGCUCGAAUAAAUUAACGAGUUUUACAACCGGCUUCACUAUGUGGUCAAGCUGCAACACGGAUUUACACAGUGCUUCUUGGUGAAUUAUGCAGUGUAGGAAAAUUACCUCCUGUUCAGGGUUGUCCUCUUUCACCCUGUCCUGAAUUCUCUUGAGCAUAACCCUUUUUCCUGUCAGAUUUGGUGAUCCAUCUGUGGUUACGUUGGCGAGCGUACUCCACGGUAACUUGUGCUUCUGUAUGACUGCUGACACGCUGUUAAAUAAAUCCUCUCCACGUGUUUUUCCUUUCAGGGAUUCCAUAUCCAGAAACUCCUCCAUUAUCUCAAAAUUCUCAUUAAUCCCUCUGAUAAAAAUUAAAAGCUAUAUCAUGGCUUUCGUCCAGUUCACAGACUAUAAUGUAAAUGACUCAGCUUUUUUGUUUAGCUUGCUAGUUAAGUGUUGGUCAAUUAUUUCAAUACAGCGAGUCACUGACCUGUGAGAUAAGCUAAUUUUUUCAAAUGUAUUCUUGCUCUCGGGACAUAAAAUACUUGCUGUCUCUACCAUGCACUCUUUAAGAAACUCCCCUUCGGAGAAAGGCUUGCUUGCCUUUGCUCGUUUGAAUGCCAGUAAAUAACUUGUGUUUGUGCUUGCUUCCUGGAUGGAAGUUGCUCAAAUAAAGGUGUUUUGCUUAGCCUGCAACCUAGCUACUGUUGGAGGAUGCUUUUUUUCCCUCCGCGCGUUCGUUUAAUUUCGGGUAGUGAGAAUGUUGGUUUUCUAAAUAAAGCCUGGAGAUGAUGAACAGUUUCUUCGAAGAAUUUACUUACAAAAUAAUCCGGGCACUUAUGAAUUACAGACAAUGCCUGUGGAGAGAAGAUAAGUGUGAAGAUACAGAGAGAAAACAUCCUUUUUUCUUGUCUGUAGGGCGGACUAUGGGUGGUACCAACCAGUGACGUGGGAUCGGGGCUUUCCACUUAGACAAAGGGUUUCUGUCUCAACCGGUUCUAGUUGCAGAUAUGUGCUCAAGGACACAUCUCGCUACUGAGCUCCAGUGAGGACAUGAGGAAAUUAUGCAGACAUGACUAAAUAUGGGCAUAAGACAUACUUCAAUCCCCCUUUCGGACUCUUUCGAGUCUGAAACCUAAAAUGAAGAUCACAAAAAGGUACCAACAGGAUCAUUAUCAUCGGGUAUGGGUAGAACGUUGGGCUUGGGAUCCAAAAUAGACACAGAUAUCAACAUUUGUUAGCAGCAGCAGGGGCAAUAGCAUGCAUUAAAGAGGCCCACAAGAGUGGGGCAACACAACCGAAAGACCACAAUCAGUAGGAGAACAAUAGCAAUGGGGAUCAAAAAUUUCAAACAAACAGACCAUAAGGUCCCAGAUGAGAGCCAAUCAAAGGGAGAAAAGGAAUCGGGUUUUUCAUGGGCCAUGGCUGACUGUAAAUUUCAUAGAGCAGCUAAUUGUGGUUCUAUGGAUUGAUGAAUUUCGUCAGGAAUAUAAGUGCAACAAGUUUGAUUAAAGAGCACACACACACCACCUGUUGAGGCAGUUAACAAAUCCAAUACCAAUUGAUGUUGCAAAAGCAUGGUGCUCAUAGAAUCAAUCUUCGAGUUGUAACCUUUGAAAAUAGCCAGAGACAUAUUCAUAAAACACUUGAAUCUAAAAUCAACAGUUUCAAGACGAAGACCAAAUUUACCUACUCCGAUAGCGGGCAACAGGGAAUACCAAAUUUUUGUGCCAACAGCAGAGUGUUUGAACUCCUCUGGAACAUUGGAACCCCACAGAGUAUCAUGUGAAGCAAAGGUGGGAAUAUCAGCAGAGCGUUUGGAACGUCGAUGAGACGACUGGGUGUCGUCAUCCCAAGACAUCAGGAAGGUGUGAUCAGUAACACGGAUGGGAGCGCACACUCCCCUCCAUCCUGGAGGAAGAACAUAAUAAGCAGAACUGCCACAAAGCCACAUUGCACCAUCAGUGGAGUAGGUGCCAUUUGAUGGUCCUGACACAUUACAGGGGGCCCCUUCACCAGAAGAUACAGCUCGGUUCCCCUUGCAUUGCAAUGUAACAUUCAAGGAGCCCAGAGUUAUGUUUCUGUGUUCCUGUAUAUAGCAUUGGUCAUAUAUAUAAUGGGUAUGAUUAAAAAAAUACCUAAACGGCAAGGGGUUGGCCAGUCAUUUUAUAGUGAAACACAGUAAAAACAGUUUGCUACAAGCAUUGUUCCUAAUGGCCACAGCAGCUUGAUAUGGACGUGCGACUGUGUCGUUUAGAAUAGAGGAAUGUUGAUAUCCCAAAUGAGACAUACAUGCAAAACACUUAGCUUCCUCGACUGUCAUGCCUUUAGCAGUUAGCGAUGGUUGUGUAUGAGGCAUUAGAGAGCAAACAUAACAAUUGGUCGUAUUUAAUGAUUUAGCAGUCAAGUAUGCAUAAGUAUACCACAUGUUGGCGGUCAGCGGAUGAACAGUGUCAACUAGUUUCCAAACAUCCAUAGACGCAGGGUCAUGCAGCAAUCGUCGCAGGAUGGAGACAUUGCGGCGCGGGGUUGAGGUUAGCGGCCAUGAGAAGAUCAUUGGGACCAUUAAGAAGGUCAAUCCGGCUAUCAACAGGCUUGUUUAGGGUCGCAUGGUUGGGCUGGAGAGAGGUCUUCCAACUUUUCCUCUGGGGUGGGAUGAGUCGAGAUGGAGUGUAGUCGGCUACUUCAGGAUCAGACAGACAGACUGCCUGGUCCCAGGUUGAUUCACCAGGGUUAUUCUCCCCGUGUACCGUGAAAUCAACCCUUGUCGAAUGAUAUCAUCAACGGGUUCCAACCGCCACUGCAGAAGAUGUGGUUUUCCGGUUGUCAUCAGGUGGGGGGAUCGAUGAACCUGAGGCGGAUCUGGCGGGUCGUGUUGAUAAAAUGUGGAACCACGUGACCCCCUUUCCUGCAAGACGUACUGCUGCUGUGGCCGUUCACUCCGUGAUCUGGAAGGGACUAGUC